GGUGUGAACAAAGUCCACGACUACGUCGUAGCUGCGCUUUGGCCUCAAGCAGUCACUCUGUAACGCCGUAAUUUAAUUUCACUAGAUCUUCACACAACCACAACGUGUCACGAACCACACAAGAAAUUAAUCCAGAUCAGGAAAGGGUUUUGCCUGCGCCGGGGAUCGAACCCUCGGCCAGGAAGACGGGAAAGCCACUCCUUAACGGCUUAACCAGUCGGCCAAAGAGACGCCCGCCUCGCUGGGUGAGUUGGGCGCCGCACCGCCGCUCUACCAGGCAGCCUCCGCGGCGCCCAGCCCCAGGCCAAGGCCAAGCACGGGGUAAACAUGGAGAAGGAGCGGCACGAGGAAAUCCGCCUCACGGACGGAGAGAGCGAGGGCGCCGAGGACGAGAACAUCCCCGACGUGGCCACCUGUCAGAAACUUGUGGAGCAGUUUGCCGGGCUCACCAACACAGACGAGGCUCUUGCUCAGUUCUACCUGCAGGACCGGGAGUGGGACCUUGAGCGGUCAGUCAAUGCCUUUUUUGAGGACAAGGCGGAGAGUGACAGCAAGGUCCUGCAGGAUAUUGGAUCGCCAGAGGUCAAGAUCACAUUUGACUCAAAGUUGGCGUCGGCGGUGAAGGAAGGACUUGUAACAGAGGAAGCACCCAAGAACUUUGCCUUCAUGACUUGGAACCUUGAUGGACUGGAUGAGAAGAACCUGAAGAAGAGGACCAAGGCUGUGGCAAGGACCAUUGAGAAAGAGAAGCCAGACAUAGUCUUCCUACAAGAGGUAGUGCCUCACACGUGUCACUACCUGGAAGAUCUCCUGCCCCAGUACCUGUUCCUCAUGGGCGACACCGAUGACUACUUCACCGCCACACUGCUGCAGCGCACCACAGUCCACUUUGAUGGGCAGACAGUUGUGCCCUUCGCCAACACUUCCAUGGGUCGCAACCUGCUGUGUGUGGAGGCACACAUAGGGGACCUGAAGCUUCAUCUGUAUAAUUCCCACUUGGAGAGCACCGCUGAGUUUGCUAGUCAGCGAGUGGCGCAGCUCAAGUUGGCGUUUGGGAAGGUGAAGGACAGCCCCGCCGAGGUGACAACAAUCUUUGCUGGAGACCUUAACCUACGAGACAAAGAGGUUGUUGAGGCUGGACUUCCCCCAGGCGUAGUUGACGUGUGGGAGGCGUGUGGGAAGAGACCUGAAUGCACUUGGACCUGGGACACCACCCGGAACACCAAUAAAGAGUUCCCCGGGAGGUUCAAGCCGCGGAUGAGGUUUGACAGAGUGUACCUACGUGCCCCCGCCUCCUCCUCCAUCCCCACAGCCUUGCCGCGCCACUUUGGUCUGGUGGGUCUGGAGAAGGUCACCAACACGCAGAGCUUCCCGUCAGACCACUGGGGGAUUCUUGUACACUUUGAGGUGGGUGUUCAGGAGGCAAGGGGUCGCGCAAUCAUGCCUUCCACCAACGGGCCAUCCACCAGCUUCCAGACAGCGGCAAUGAAGAGAAAGAGACAACACUGAUCCGACCGCCACGCUGCAAACACCACAAACGCUUGAUUAGGAAAGAUAUCCAGUUAUAGCUUUUAUAUUUUUCAGUUCUCUAAUGUCUCAACUUUCUGUUUGAUGAAGCUAUAUUUUUGUAUUGUAUAAAUAUGAAUGUUCUGUAAUAUCUCUAAUAAGGCUGUAAGUGAAGGCUUGCCCUCCUGUUUACUAAGAGAUAGCUGAUGAACUGACAGGGAGGAGAGUGGAGGAUGGGAGCGAGGGUUGUGGGAGAUGAACUGACAGGGUGAGUGGAGGAAGGGAGCGAGGGGUGUGAGAGAUGAACUGGCAAGGAUGAGAGUGGAGGAAGGAAGCAAGGGGUGUGGGAUAUGAACUGACAGGGAGGAGGAGGGUGUUAAAUUGUUUAAUAUUCAAGUUUUAUCAUGCAAGUGUCAUAUGUUUGCCCCAAUUAAUUUUAGGAUUUUUUUGACAGUAUUUAAAACAUUACAAGGUAGAAAAUUAUACCAAAUAAGUCAACUAAUAUCAUGUUCUUGCACUUCACUCUUGCUUCAUUUAUUGUUUAGUUACCAAGUGUGCAAGAGGAGUUUGAUUUCUAAUGUUAAAACACACUUGUUCCUGUAACCUAAAAAUGUGAUAUACUAUAGAUAGUUAACACGCAAUGUCCUGUGAAGUACGUAGUAUGUCUGCGAGUUUCAUUCAUUGCAUUUCGUAAACCCUAAGGAUUUGUACUGAAAGAUUGAUUGUCUCGAGAUCACUUCCGAUUUAUUUUGAGUUCAUUAAUUUUUUAUGUGAAUAAAUAAUCGUUUAGUCUCCCUA